AUGGACACACGGGAAGCCUGGCCUGGGUCGAGGGCCGGGCCCACCGGAGGCUGCACCACCUUGGCUUCGGUGCCAGCCGCGGAGGCUGAGGGAAGGAGUCCGCAGGGUAAGCACAAGAGGGGGCGAGCUGGCGGGAGCCUCUGGCCUGAGCGGUGCCCUGCGGCCGGACCUCUGGCCUCCACAGACGCCGGCGCUCAGCCCCUCGGGAAGCCUGGGCUCUCCGGACAAGGACGACACCGGGGUCCCCAGCACUCCCGCCGCCGCCAUCGCACCACCUUCAACCCCACGCAGUUGGAGCAGCUGGAGUCGGCCUUCGGCAGGAACCGGUACCCGGACAUCUGGGCUCGAGAGGGCCUCGCCCGGGACACGGGUCUCAGCGAGGCCAGGAUCCAGGUCUGGUUCCAGAACCGCAGGGCUAAGCAGCGGAAGCAAGAGCGGUCACUGCUCCAGCCUCUGGCCCACCUGCCUCCCACCACCUUCUCUGGGUUCCUGCCUGAGUCCCCUGCUUGUGCCUACUCCUACACAGCACCAGCUGCACCGGUGACCUGCCUCCCUCACCCCUACAACCAUGUCCUCCCAGUCCAGCCCACGGGCAGCCCGUUCCCUCUGCCCUCCCAGUCCGAGGAGUGGUACCCCGCCCUGCACCCGGCCCCUGCUGCUCAGCUGCCUUGCCCGCCACCCCCACCCCUGCUCCCCCUCAGAGAGGUCACCCCCACCUGCAGCCCUGGUGGUCAGAGACUCUCGAGGCCUCCUUUCCUUCUAAAGGCAAAGUUAGAAAUAGGUGAUCCCAACAUUCCAGGGACUCUUGAGGGGCUGCAGAAUGCGCCACCCCAAAGUAUACCAUUGGCAAGAGGACUGUUUGGGGCUGGAGGUCAUGAAGGAGACAAGACAGAUGCAAGACAGGCUCUUCUCCCUCCUCUCAUGUAAGGAAAAGCCGGACACCAACCAGUGUGUGAUGGCGCCCGUCUGCCUGCCCGCUCUGCCAGGAAGCACACUGGCCCAUCCACUAGGCCAACUCACAGAGGAAUAUGGAAGAAUCUACAAAAUAAACCUUCCUGUCUAGCCCUGUUUUGGAAACCUUUAGUUUCUCCACGUAAUUGCCAGUC